AUUUCUCUGCGGCCAUGUCGAGCAUCACUAGUUUGGAGUCGAACGCCGGCCUACUGGCCAAGUACAUGGCGUUGAAGCAGCCAGAGAACAUGGUUCAGGCCAUGUACGUGUGGAUUGACGGAAAACAGGGCUUGCGCGCCAAAACGCGCACCCUUCGCUUUGUCCCAAAGACUGCCUCUGAACUGCCCAUCUGGAACUUUGACGGCAGCUCCACGUACCAGUCUGAUGGCUCAAAUGCUGAUGUGUACCUGCUUCCAGUGCAGGUGUACAGUGAUCCUUUCCGAGGAGGCGACAACAAGCUUGUCCUUUGUGAAACUAUUUCCUACGACAAGAAACCCACAGAGAGCAACACUCGCCAUUCCUGCAAUCUGGUCAUGGACCUGGCCGCCGAUCAGGAGCCGUGGUUUGGCAUUGAACAAGAGUACUCUCUCCUCGAUGGAUCAGACCGUCACAAGCCUCUCGGCUGGCCAACUGGUGGUUUUCCCGGCCCACAGGGCCCCUACUACUGCGGCGUCGGUGCCAACCGAGUUUUUGGUCGUGAUGUCGUAGAGGCGCACUACAGAGCCUGCAUGUAUGCGGGAGUGAACAUUGCCGGGGAAAAUGCUGAAGUGAUGCCCUCACAGUGGGAGUACCAGGUUGGACCGUGCAAAGGCAUUUCCAUUGGCGACGACAUGUGGAUGUCUCGCUUUUUGCUGUAUCGAGUUGCUGAAGAUUUUCACAUUGGCGUCACCUUUGAUCCUAAAUUAAUUCCCGGCGAUUGGAAUGGUGCAGGUGCUCACACCAACUUUAGCACCAAGGCAAUGCGUGCAAAGGGUGGCAUUGCAGAAAUUGAAGCAGCUAUGCCUAAGCUUGAUAAGAACCAUAUCAAGCACAUUUCCAAGUACGAUCCCUCUGGUGGUGCUGACAAUGCCCGCCGACUGACUGGCAAACACGAGACCUCUUCAAUGGAAAAGUUUUCAUAUGGCGUUGCUAACCGUGGUUCUAGCGUGCGAAUCCCUCGACAGGUUGCCGAUGAUGGUUAUGGUUAUCUUGAGGACCGUCGCCCUGCCUCAAACAUGGACCCUUACGUUGUGUGUGAGCAACUGGUGCGCACUAUCUGCCUCAAUGAGUAG